AUGAACAUCUCGGUCCGCGUCGAAGUCCAGUACCACGCGCCGGCGGGCGCCGUCACGCGCGACGUGCUCGAGAUGUUCCGGUCCACGACGUGGGUGCGCUUCAUGAUGCGCUACAUCUCGCCGCGGCUGAAGAGCUCGUCGCCCGCGGACCAGGCCAUCCUGGACGAGCUCGAGAGCCAGGAGGCCGCCGAGGUGCACGAGGGCGAGGAGUGCGUCAUCUGCAUGAGCGAGAACCCGUGCGACGGCCACGUCGCGCUGCCCUGCGGCCACUCGUUCCACUACCCGUGCAUCUCGUCCUGGCUGCAGAGCCAGAGCACGUGCCCCGUGUGCCGCUUCCAGUUCCCCAAGGCCUUCACGGGCAAGUACGCCGUGCAGAAGCUCAAGUCCGCCAUGGUGCUCUCCGAGGAGCAGGCCAAGAUGCCGCGCGCCGAGCUGCUCGCGCUCGACAUCGGCAAGCAGGUCGUGCGCGCCGUCGUCAACGUCACGCUCGUCAAGGUCGCGGCCGAGGGCGACGACGAGGAGUUCCCGUGCGAGCUCAGCGCCUGGAUGAUGGACCCGGCCUCGGGCGAGACCUUCUCCGAGCUGGACUGUAUAUGA